CACACAAACACACACACACACAGUCACACACUGUUAAAGGCAGAAAAACAGAAGGGAAACGUUAAGAAAGACAGGCAGGCUCGUUCCAUAUGUCAGAGAGUAUUUUUUUCUGAUAAAAACAGCACACAUCAGAGUUUAUUAUAGGUUUUCAUACUUUUAUUUUUUAGCUUUCUUUUUUCUUUUGUUUCAGCAUUCUUGCAUUUCUAAUUUGGGGUGAAAGAUAAAAGAGAAUUAGAAAUUUCACUUCACUUUUUUGGUCAAAUCCUGUACUUCUUACUGCUCUCGUUAUUAUUUUGUUGUCUGCUGACAAAACAAAAGGUCCCACGGAGAACCUGAAGAUGAACAGCACGAUAUUGAACACAUCCUUUAAGUGUAUUAGAGAUACAAGUGUGACAUCAGUGGUUUUCCCGGGUCUCUACAGUAUCCUUUGUGUAGUUGCCCUGGUACUGAACUCCCUGGCUGCAGUGAUCUUCUUCAGCAUACCCAGCACCACAACAUUUGUGGUCUUUUUAAAAAAUGUGGUGGUUGCUGACUUGCUGAUGACUCUCACCAUCCCGAUAAGAAUCUUGAGUGAUGCAGGGGUUGGUUUUUGGCAGCUACGUGCGUUCUAUUGCAGAUACUCUGCUGUGCUCUUCUACAUUACCAUGUAUAUCAGCAUUCUGUUGCUCGGCCUCAUCAGCUUGGACCGCUACUUGAAGAUCGUAAAGCCUUUCGGAAGAUGUGCUCUGCAGAAGGUUCGGGUCGGCCAAAUGCUGAGUGCAGCUAUAUGGGUCGUAAUGUUAUCUCUUGCACUCCCCAACAUCAUUCUCAGCAACAAGCCCCCUAAAAUCUCGGGAGGGAAACUCAAGUGCUCCUCCAUGAAGAGCAAAGAGGGCCUAUUGUGGCAUGAGGGAUUCAACUAUUUCUGUCAGGUCAUAUUUUGGGGCACGCUUGCCUUGAUGGUGUUUUGCUACACGUUCAUCAGCAAGAAGGUCUAUGAGUCAUACAAAGCCUCAAGGAGCAAGUCUCAGGUUGCAAAUCGAAGAACCAAAGCGAAGGUUUUCGUGGUAGUGGGUGUGUUUUUUAUUUGCUUUGCCCCUUAUCAUUUUGCACGGGUCCCAUAUACACUAACUCAAACCCGCAGCACCACUCAUUGCCGGGCAGAGAACGCGCUCUACAUUGCCAAGGAAACCACACUGUGGCUGUCAACAACUAAUAUAUGUCUUGACCCACUUAUUUACAUCUUCCUGUGUCGGGUGUUUAGAAGAAAGCUGAAGACCACAUUAUGCAAAGCUACCAAAGAUUCGCCCAAAGUGACAUCAACACAACUGGAGAUGUCACAAAUGGUCCACACCACCCGACAGUCACACAAUGACACCUCCCAUGCCAGACAAUGUACACCAGAGUCAAGUUUUGCCUGUUAAUCUCCUUCAAACCUGAAAGACUCUUUGUCAUCCUUGUACAGUAUGUAGCAGUUUUCAGUAUGCAGUUUGGACAAACUAUAAAAAUGGGCAGACUUUUGUUGGACACGAAAAUAUGUAACUGCUUUCUGUGCACAUCAGGCCUGUUUGUUUUGUGAACCAAGCACAAAAUGUUUGCCUAGUCAUAGAGCACAUUUCCUUAACUGAACUUACACUGUCAAAAUUCAGCUUCCUGUGGUUUAAUCUCUCUGAAACUGCACUUUUUCUUUAUUGGGAUGCAAACAUGUUGACAGAAUAAACUUUAAAACUAUAUAUCAAGAAGAAGCUAAAUAACAAAUUUUUUUUAGAAUAACCUGAUUACAAAUAUCAUUAUAUAUAAAUAGUAAAUCACUACUAUUUUGCAUUAAAUAGCUAUGCGUUAGUUGAAUAGUUGUCA